ACUGGAGGACUAACAAUCUUGGUCAAAAGUGAUGCACUACAUAGGGUUUUGGUUUCCUUUUGGGGUGUAACUGGUUUCCUGGCCUGAUGUCCCUAGAGGUAGGUCCUAAUUUUCUCAGACACCUAACAACUGGCAACAGAACUGCCUUUUUCCUGCAGGGAGCCAGUUCAGCCUCAUUAUUCAUGGAGCUCCUUUCGCAGCUCUGCAGCACUGCAAUGCAACAACCCCGCCCCUUCUGUGAUGUCACUGCUGACUCCACCAGUAGGGGUGUGUCCUGACACAAUCUUCCAACCCAGAUAGGCCAGGGUGCUGCUCAGAGAGGGAAGAGCUGUGGCAGCAAGCACAGAUAAUCAUGGGCAAUGCGCAGGAUAAGCCCAGUGGAGCCGAAGGGACUAAAACGGACCAGUCCACCCCAGGAUUCAGGAGGCGAAGCAGGGCCGGGAGUACAGAAAAGCCCCGGGCAGGAAAGGGGCCCCCAUCAAAGGAGUCAGUAGUCAAUGGAGCCACUCAGGGGGACAGGAGCCGGGAAACCCCACCUGACAGCAGCUACCUGGACGUGCCCGCUGGAGCCCUGCCGCCACACCUGGCCCGCCUCAAGAACGAGGGAAACCACCUCUUCAAAAAUGGACAGUUUGCAGAUGCUGUGGAGAAGUAUUCUGCGGCCAUCAACGGCUGCUGUGACGCAGGUACUGGGAGUCCGGAGGACCUGUGCAUCCUGUACUCAAACCGAGCAGCGUGCUACCUGAAGGAUGGCAGCAGUACAGAGUGUAUCCAGGACUGUACCAGAGCCUUGGAGCUGCAGCCGUUCGCCCUGAAGCCCCUCCUCCGCAGAGCCAUGGCCUAUGAAUCUAUGGAGCGCUACCGGCAGGCCUACGUGGAUUACAAGACCGUUCUGCAGAUCGACAUUGGCGUUCAGUCCGCCCACGACAGUGUCCAUCGGAUCACCAAGCAGCUUAUAGAGCAGGAUGGUCCUGAAUGGAGAGAGAAGCUUCCAGAGAUCCCUCUGGUCCCCAUGUCUGCUCAGCAGCACCACAGACAGAAAGACCCGAGCGUGGAGCUCGUCCAGGCACGAGAAGCUAAAAAAGCAGAGGCCCGCUUUGCUUCUCUCAAAACAGAAGGAAACGACAAUGUGAGGAAGGGCCUUUUCCGGGAUGGUCUGGAGAAGUAUAGUGAAUGCCUUCAGAUCAAACCUGACGAUUGCUCUUGCUUUACCAACAGAGCCAUCUGUUAUCUGAGACUGGGUUGUUUUGAGGAGGCAAAAAAGGACUGUGACUCCGCCCUAAAGCUUGAGCCAACCAAUAAGAAGGCCUUCUAUAGACGGGCUCUAGCGUAUAAAGGCUUACAGGAUUACCUGGCAGCCAGCAGUGACCUCCAGGAGGUACUGCAGCUAGACCCAAACGUCCAGGAGGCUGAGCAGGAGCUGGAGACAGUGACAGUGCUGCUCAGACAGAGCCUUAUGGAUGGGGCCCAAACCAAACCCAGGGUUUGAUCGCAGAUGGACUGACUUGAACAGCUGUAGGAAGACCACAGAAUGGAAGGAGCAUCAUGGACACAUGUGGAAAGACAGCAAUUCCUCUGAGACUUCCUCAUGUGAACUGUGGGAAAUGGCACUGUGCUUGGACACAUCUUUAGUGUUGUGAGGAUAGCAACCAGGGCGUUGUUCAAUCAUUCACAGCAGCUGCACCCUUCAUUUUCAUUCUGGAGGAAGUCAAGAGAUAUCAGAUGCAGCUUCUUUACCUCAGCAUGCUCAGACUCCCUGGCAGCACUGAAGAGAGGGCAUGUGUCCCAAAUGGCGCCGACUACUUUUGACCAGGGCCCAGAGCUCUCGUUCUCCCCUAGGGCUCUUAUCAAAUGUAGUAUACUAUACUGGGAAUUUGCUGCUAUUUGGGAUGCAACCAUAUCUGGAAAGUCAUGAGCAUCUAGUUUUCUUGCAGAAGUAUUUAUAUUAUUCCCAGUAACAGCAGGUUAUGCAGAUAAGCAUUAUGAUAGAUUGAUCAGGCGAGGGACAGACACCAUGAAGCUCUCCACACGCUGGAACAUGCUGUGGUUGAGAUGCAGUAUGUGCCUGGGAUCUGAACCUCUGAGAAAUGACAUCCUUGUAUAUAUGUAAUAAACUGCUGCUUUGAUAAACUGUUGAAGUGUUUUAAGUAUUGAAAAAGAUGAUGUUGGCACUGUAUUGACAGCUAUUAUUUUUUAACCAUGAGAGAGUGCUGUUUGUCAGGUAAUGUUGAGGACAGUUUAAAAUCAUGUUCUGUAUAGCUCAGAGUCAGACCUGACCAACAUGAUAGCUCUGGUUCAGUAGAUUAACUGUAUCAGUCUGUACCAAAAGUAGGUCCAUUUGUGUAUUAGUAUUGUCUCUUAUCUGCUAGUUUUCAGAUGGUGUUCUGCUCCCAAAACGAAAUUCAGUUCAGGUGGUCAGUUCAGAUCUGAUGGGCAACUUGCAUGUGUUUAAUGCUAUGCUUUCACCACAGACAGUUGAUUGGCCAUUUUUGGAAUAAACAGAUUGUGCUUUGUA